GAUCUGGCAAUACCACCUCUGUCAAGAAAUCAAAACAAAUGCACGUGCGUUGUUUUUAAAAAGAAUUUUAGGAAAACAAUGGACGAGCACGAUAUAUUCAAGCUGAUCACAGCCGGCGUACGCUUCACAAAAAGGCCCAAGACAACUCCAUCGAAGACCCAGCCGCAGCCGGUCUCCAAAGAUUCCCAGCAAGCGGAAAAGGUGAAAAAGGAAGUCAAGCGCAAGCAGGAUGAUGACACCACAGAGUUCCGCUUGCUGUCGGAUGACACCAGCCAAAGUAAACCCAAGAAACGCAAGGAAGCCAAGAAACUCUCCGCCGAGGAACUAAAGCACCAAAGGGCCACCGAACAGGUGAAUGAGACCAGAAAGCAGCACAACAUCAGUGUAUUGGGCAAAAACGUGCCCGCACCGGUGACCAGCUUUGAGGCUCUGCUUAAGGAUCACAAGAUGCUUCCCCGACUGCAGCAGAACCUGCUGGGACGCGAAUUUGCACAGCCAACACCCAUCCAGAUGCAGGCACUGCCCGUGCUCCUGCAGCGCCGGGCACUGAUGGCUUGCGCCCCAACCGGAUCCGGCAAAACGUUAGCAUUCCUCACGCCCAUCAUCGACGGCCUGAGGGCUCACAAAACCACCGGCUUAAGGGCUUUAGUGCUGGCCCCCACCCGUGAGUUGGCCCAGCAAAUCUAUCGAGAAUGUGCGGAAUUAACCCGGGAAACGGGCUUGCGAACCCACUUCAUAAGCAAGGUGAGCGAGGCAAAGCAGAAACAAGGCGCCGAGUGCAAGCAACGCUAUGAUAUCCUGGUUUCCACACCAAACCGAGUGAGAUUCCUGCUGCAACAGCAGCCGCCCCUCCUUGACUUGUCGCACGUCGAAUGGUUUGUAUUAGACGAAGCCGAUCGCUUGAUGGAGGAGGGAAAAAACAACUUCAAGGAGCAGCUGGACGAUAUCUAUGCAGCCUGCUCCCAUCCGACCAAGUGCGUGGCCUUCUUCAGCGCCACCUACACAGUGCCUGUGGCCAAAUGGGCGCUGCGUCACCUCAAGAACCUUGUGCGUGUCACCAUUGGAGUGCAAAACAGUGCCACGGAUACCGUCCAGCAGGAGCUGUUGUUCGUGGGAUCUGAGAGCGGAAAGUUAGUGGCCAUGCGGGAUCUGGUGCGCCAGGGUCUAGAGCCGCCGGUCCUUGUUUUCGUACAAAGCAAGGAGAGAGCCAAGCAACUCUUUGAGGAGCUGCUCUACGAUGGCAUCAACGUGGACGUGAUCCAUGCCGAACGCAGCCAGCAUCAGCGGGAUAACUGCGUGAGGGCUUUCCGCGAGGGCAGCAUUUGGGUGCUCAUCUGCACAGAGCUAAUGGGCCGCGGUAUUGACUUCAAGGGGGUCAAUCUGGUAAUCAACUACGACUUUCCGCCCACCACCAUCUCGUACAUCCAUCGGAUUGGGCGAACCGGUCGUGCUGGAAGGCCAGGACGAGCAAUAACAUUCUUUACUCAAGACGACACGGCCAAUUUGAGAAGCGUUGCUCAGAUUAUUAAAAACUCCGGCGGCUCUGUUCCGGAAUACAUGUUGCAAAUGAAAAAGGUUCGCAAAUCGGAGGCCAAGAUGCGAGCCAAGAAACCCUUGGAUCGGGAGGAUAUAACCACCAAAAUACGCCCUGAGGUGAAGAACAAAGAGGAUCCUAAGUCAACCAAACUGAAAAAAGUCGAAAAAGUAGAACAUAUUUUGAAAAAACGGCCGGUGGAAAAAAAUGGAACGAAUUCGAAACUUAAAAAGCUAAAAGAAAUUAAAAAGAACCUCAAAGAGCCCAAGGGCAAAAAGGGGAACUUUUCAAAAACAAAAAAGGCAAAGAAAUAAAAGAACUUUAAUUAUAAAUGUAUUAAAACUAUGAAUUAAUAUCUGUCAAUAUGCAAAAUAAUUUGUAAUAUUUUGAUAAUAUGCAUCUAGUUAAUAUAAACUUAAAAUUACAAAUUAA